AUGUCGCCACCUGGGAGACCAUUGUCUUUCACGCUCACAUAUUUUCCAGUUCGAGGUUGUGCUGAGGUCAUCCGAGUGAUGCUCAAAGACCAAGGGGCAGAGUUUGACAAGAAUGUUGUCACCAUGGAGAUGUGAAUGGAGGGCACCAAAGCCAGCUGUUUCUUUGGUCAGCUCCCUAAAUUUGAAGACUGUGGCUUCACUCUGUACCAGAUCAAUGUGGUAAGGAGACAUCUCGCACGGAAACUUUGUAGGUGGAGAAAUAACAUAAAAGCCUGCUUGCAACAUAAUGACAUUCCAAUUGACUCACCCAUUAUGUGUAAUAUGUUGUCACGGCCGUUGAAAGAACUUGACCAAUGCGCAGACUCCGGUAAAGAGGGGUACCUUAAGGCACUGCCAACAGAUCUCAUGCCCUUUGAGAAAACCCUGUCCAGAAAUAAAAUAAGCUUUCUGGUUGACAACAAAAUACAUAUGUCCUUAGCCGACUACGCCCUCAUGCUCAUGCUGAUCCACCACCAAGUCCCCAGCCCCCCCUGCCUUGAUGCCUUCCCCUCCUUCCAGAAGUACAUGAGGAGGUUGUGUGCCCGACCCAAUCUGCAUGCUUACCUCGAAAGUGAGGACUUCAAGAACAGACCUAUCAUUCCUGGGAAGAGAGCCUAA